AUGUCUGAUUCAGAACAAUCCAUCAAGGUUCUUAAUGAACUGUUAGAGAAGCUAACUGUUGCGACUCCAGAAAACAGACAGCAGGUCGCUACUGAGGUUGCUUCGUUCAUUAACGGCGACAUUAUCGAACACGAUGCCCCAGAACAGUUCUUCACUGGUUUGUUCAAAGCCGUCAAGGACAAGAAGAGUGCAGCUAAUGCUUUGGAGACCAUCAGUCACGUGGCCAGCCCAUCUGACUUGUCUCCAAGCAUUGAGCCAUUCGUUGUGUCUGCUGUUCCACUGAUUGCUGAGCAAUGUGGUAACAAGGACAAGGAGAUUCAAGAGGCUGCCUCCCAGGCUUUGGUUUCUAUUGUCAAGGCUGUCAACCCAAUUGCCGUCAAGGCUCUAUUGCCACACUUGACGACCGCUUUGUCCAACACCAACAAAUGGCAGGAAAAGGUUGCUAUCUUGGCAGCUAUCUCUGAGUUGGUUGACUCUGCUAAGACUCAGGUUGCGUUGAGAAUGCCAGAAUUGAUCCCAGUGCUAUCUGAAGCUAUGUGGGACACCAAGAAGGAAGUCAAGAAGGCUGCCACUGACACCAUGACCAAGGCUACUGAGACCGUUGAGAACAAGGAUAUCGAACGUUUCAUCCCAGAGUUGAUUGGCUGUAUCGCUGAUCCUUCUGCUGUGCCAGAAACCGUCCACUUGUUGGGUGCUACCACUUUUGUGGCUGAAGUUACCCCAGCCACUCUAUCCAUCAUGGUUCCAUUGUUGUCCAGAGGUUUGGCUGAGAGAGAAACUUCUAUCAAGCGUAAAGCUGCUGUUAUCAUCGACAACAUGUGUAAAUUGGUCGAAGAUCCACAAGUCGUUGCUCCUUUCUUGGACAAACUGUUGCCAGGUUUGAAGAACAACUUCGCUACCAUUGCAGACCCAGAAGCUCGUGAAGUUACUUUGAGAGGUUUGAAGACUUUGAGAAGAGUCGGUAACGUUGGCGAAAACGAUGCUUUGCCAGAAGUUUCUCACGCUGGUGACGUUGAGACUACUUUGGGUGUCAUUGAUCUACUGUUGAAGGACCAAGAGGUUGCUCCAAGAUUCAGACCGGUCGUCGAAUACGUUGCUGCUAUUGCCGCUGAUUUGAUUGAUGAAAGAGUCAUUGACCAGCAAGCUUGGUUCACUCACGUUACUCCAUACAUGACCAUCUUCCUGCACGAAAGAGAGGCUAAGGAUAUCAUUGAUGAGUUUAGAAAGAGAGCUGUUGACAACAUCCCAGUUGGUCCAAACUUCGAUGAUGAGGAGGAUGAAGGUGAGGAUCUAUGUAACUGUGAAUUCUCCUUGGCUUACGGUGCUAAGAUCUUGUUGAACAAGACUCAAUUGAGAUUGAAGAGAGGUAGAAGAUACGGUCUAUGUGGUCCAAACGGUGCUGGUAAAUCCACUUUGAUGAGAGCCGUCGCUAACGGUCAAGUUGAUGGUUUCCCAACCCAAGAGGAAUGUAGAACCGUGUAUGUCGAACACGAUAUCGAUGGUACUCACGCUGAGACUUCUGUCCUAGAUUUCGUCUUUGCUGGUGAUGUUGGUACCAAGGAAGUUAUCAGAGCUAAAUUGGAAGAGUUCGGUUUCUCCGAUGAGAUGAUUGCCAUGCCAAUCGCCUCCCUAUCUGGUGGUUGGAAGAUGAAGUUGGCUUUGGCUAGAGCCGUGUUGAAGAACGCCGAUAUCUUGUUGUUGGAUGAACCAACCAACCAUUUGGAUACUGUCAACGUCGCUUGGUUGGUUAACUACUUGAACACAUGUGGUAUCACUUCCAUCAUUGUUUCCCACGACUCCGGUUUCUUGGACAACGUCUGUCAAUACAUUAUUCACUACGAAGGUCUAAAAUUGAGAAAGUACAAGGGUAACUUGUCUGAAUUCGUCAAGAAGUGUCCAUCCGCUAAGUCUUACUACGAAUUGGGUGCUUCUGAUCUAGAAUUCAAAUUCCCAGAACCUGGUUACUUGGAAGGUGUUAAGACUAAGCAAAAGGCUAUCGUCAAGGUGUCUAACAUGAGUUUCCAAUACCCAGGUACCGCCAAGCCUCAAAUUUCAGACAUUUCUUUCCAAUGUUCCCUAUCUUCCAGAAUUGCUGUCAUUGGUCCAAACGGUGCUGGUAAGUCCACUUUGAUCAACGUCUUGACCGGUGAAUUGCUACCAACUACUGGUGAAGUUUACACCCACGAAAACUGUCGUAUCGCUUACAUCAAGCAGCAUGCUUUCGCUCACAUCGAAAACCAUUUGGACAAGACUCCAUCCGAAUAUAUCCAAUGGAGAUUCCAAACUGGUGAAGAUAGAGAAACCAUGGACAGAGCUAACAGACAAAUCAACGAAAAUGAUGCUGAAGCUAUGAACAAGAUCUUCAAGAUCGAAGGUACCCCAAGAAGAAUCGCUGGUAUCCACUCCAGAAGAAAGUUCAAGAACACUUACGAAUACGAAUGUUCUUUCUUGUUGGGUGAAAACAUCGGUAUGAAAUCUGAAAGAUGGGUUCCAAUGAUGUCAGUCGACAAUGCUUGGUUGCCAAGAGGUGAACUGAUCGAAUCUCACUCCAAGAUGGUCGCUGAAGUUGAUAUGAAGGAAGCUUUGGCUUCCGGUCAAUUCCGUCCAUUGACCAGAAAGGAAAUUGAAGAGCACUGUGCGAUGUUGGGUUUGGACGCCGAAUUGGUUUCUCACUCCAGAAUCAGAGGUUUGUCUGGUGGUCAAAAGGUUAAGUUGGUCUUGGCUGCUGGUACUUGGCAAAGACCUCACUUGAUCGUCCUGGAUGAACCUACCAACUAUUUGGACAGAGACUCUCUAGGUGCUUUGUCCAAGGCUUUGAAGGCUUUCGAAGGUGGUGUUAUCAUCAUUACUCACUCUGCUGAAUUCACCAAGGAUUUGACUGAAGAAGUCUGGGCGGUCAAGGAUGGUCUGAUGACCCCAUCCGGUCACAACUGGGUCAGCGGUCAAGGUUCCGGUCCAAGAAUCGAGAAGAAGGAUGACGAAGAAGACAAGUUCGAUGCCAUGGGUAACAAGAUUAGCGGUGGUAAGAAGAAGAAGAAGUUGUCUUCCGCUGAAUUAAGAAAGAAGAAGAAGGAGAGAAUGAAGAAGAAGAAGGAAUUGGGUGAUGCCUAUGUUUCUUCCGAUGAAGAAUUUUAG